UGUCCUUGGGGGUGACCUCAUCCCUGGACUCUGCUCUGUUAAUGGACUCGACCCCUUAGCUAAGCUAAGGACAGAAGUUUUCGGAAAGCCAUCUUUUGCUAGCUGAACAUCUCGAUUAUCCCGCCGAUUCCCUCGAGGAAGCGCCCUCCUUUCAACCGUAGCUACCGUCAACCAUGGCAAACAGCGGCACAGCAAAGCUCGACCAGGUCACUAAAUUGCUAGACGAGCUCAAAGCCGACCUUGACGGCCCUAAACUCUCUCAUCAACAACGGAAAGAGAAGCUAGAACAGCUCAAGGUGCACGGUCGAUCUCCUCAGAAUGCGGACCCUAUAUUCUCGGAACAGGGCAUUCGCACAUUAAGUAGAUAUGCAUUUGAAACGAGCGAUGCGGAAACGUCGAGGGAAGCGCUUCGCUGCUUGGCUAACACCAUGCUCCUUGUCCCAAGCACCCGGCAAACCUUUGUGGAUCUUGGGAACGCAUCAAAAAUUGCGGAGAAAUUGAAGAGUGACAACAUUGACGAUGAGUUUCUGUCAUCCCGCCUUCUCUUCCUCAUGACAUACGAGACGAAGCUUGAUUACAAGGAACUGGUCAGCAGCAGCAACCUCGCCGAUAGUGUCAAUGCCGCGCUUGAAAGACACGCAAGCCGAUAUUCAGACGCAGGAAAGGACAAGAGAGACAAACACACGGCACCGAUGGACCUGAUGGCUUUGUCCGAAAUCCUAAAACUGCUUUUCAACAUUACCCACUUCUUCCCAGGUCUAGCUACAGAGUUCUCCAAGUCAACAUCCGCGAUCUUCAAAAUUUUACUAAGUCGACCAAUUCCAAAUCCCCCACUCCAACCACCCCUCAGCGCCCUCAUAAACGCCCUCCUCAACCUUCCUCUGAACGACAGCGACAAAGACGCCUUCUUCCCUCCCUCAGACCCUUCGUCGAAUGCCUCCCAUCUCAUCCACCUUCUCGACCUCUCCACCAUCGCCUACCCCGAAUCCGAUCUCGACGCCAACGUCUCCCCACUCCUAACCCUCAUUCGCCGCAUGUACGAAUCGGCUCCGGACUCCGUAAAAAAGGAAAUGGAGCGUCUUCUCCUCCCCACAGACGAAGAACGCGCCCGCCCGUUGGGAAAGUCAGACUCACUCUCCUCCCGCCUCCUGCAACUCUCCACAUCCGCUUUAGCUCCCAACCUCCGCACCUCUAUAUCCGCCUUCUUCUUCGAACUCUCAGGCAAGGACGCCGCGAAAUUCGUCCACAACGUCGGCUACGGCUUCGCUUCCGGGUUCCUCAUCUCAAACAAUAUUCCUAUGCCCGAACACGCGUUGCAUGACCAAUCGACAGGCCCUUCAGACAGUGGCGGUAUUCCCGUCAAUCCUAUCACAGGUCAGAGGCUGGAUAUGGAGGAGCCGGAUACGAGCACACCAAUGACGAUGGAGGAGAGGGAGAGGGAGGCGGAGAGGUUGUUUGUGCUGUUUGAGAGGCUGAAGGCGACGGGGGUGGUGAAUGUGGAGAAUCCUGUUGCGGAGGCUUAUCGGUCGGGGAGAAUUCAGGAGUUGAGUGAUGAUGAGGAGGUGGAUUGAAACGGUGCUCAGGCACUUGGAAUACUUCUUGUGCUUUUGAAGCGGUUUCGCUUAAUAGUUAGGCCUUGUACAUGGAUGCGUGGAGUCUAUGGUUCCGGAUAGAUAGAAUGUGUGGUCUUGAGGCACAAUAAAAGAAUAAACUUUACCACUUGAU